AUGACCACACACCAACCCCAACCGCCCACGACAAACCCGCCGCAAACCCCCGCUCCUCCUCCUCCUCCUCCUCCUCCGCCACCGCCUAAACGAUACGAUUCCCGCCAAAAACAGAAAAAAAAAAAUGAACACACACAACACGUUUUAAGAUUGUCAGAUAAUUUGUUACAAGCAGUUCUUCAUCCCUCUCUCUCAUUUCAUUUCUCUCUCUCAUUUUGCUCUCUCUCUCUCUCUCUCUCUCAUUUUGCUCUCUCUCUCUAUUCAAUUUCUCUCUCUCUCUCUCUCUCUCUCUCUCUCUCUCUCUCUCUCUCUCUCUCUCUCUCUCUCUCUCUCUCUCUCUCUCUCUCUCUCUCUCUCUCUCUCAUUUUUUGCUCUCACUCUCUGUCGAAGAUGGUGCAGGCGUUUAAUGCCCCGGGCUUGGUGGCGUUUGCGGCAGCUGUGCUCCGCCCUGGACUGGCGCGACCCGCGUUGAGAUGUCAAUCCAUUGCCGAUGUGGCCUCGGCUGCCCCAGCCGCCGAUUAUGAUGUGUUGAUAUUUGACAAGGACAACUGCAUUACCACGCCGUAUGCCCUUGAAGCGCAUCCAAGUGUGGCGUCAGCCUGGCAGGAACUGCGACAACGACCCCGCGUCUACAUCCUCUCCAACUCGGCUGGCUCCAGCGACGACAAGGACGGCAGCGAGGCGCGUGCCGUGCAAACAGCCCUUGGUGUCCCCGUCAUUCCGCACGCAGACAAAAAGCCGAGCCUUGAAUGUUGUGCCGAGGUCAUGCGCUACUUGGGCUCGGACAUACAGCCCGACCGCAUUGCGGUGAUCGGUGAUCGUGUCUUGACGGAUAUUGUGUUUGCAAAUCGAUUGGGUGCAAAAGCCAUUCUAGUUGAGCCACUCUCCACGCGCGAACCGUGGAUUGUCCGUCAGGUGCGCCGCCUCGAGGCGGCCCUGUUUCUGUAG